AUGAGCAAAGACCCGCCACUAAAUAGCCCCUCUGAACAGGCAUUCUUUGUGGCUGCUGCAGACCUCGCAAUACCAGGCUCUGCAGUAGGUGCAGAAACAGACAUUCUUCUUCCAGGUCUUCAAUUCUGGGCUUCUUCAAGCUCAUCAUCAUCAUCAUCAUCUACUACUACUACUUCUCUAUCAAUCCUUCAGUCUUUGGUUACAAGUGGAUUAGUUGCAAUCGCCCGAGUUAACACCCAUCUAGUACCUAUUUGGGCCUUUUGUGGCGGCCAAUGGAUUAUAAAAACUACCGAUGCUACGGCACGCGACAACUUAAAUGCCCUUUUUGCUCACACUGAUCCAGCCGUUGGGCUACUUGUACAACCAGCACCUUCCGCUGCUACUGUAUCCGACAAUACCACUUGUACAUAUACCCUUAUACUAGUCAAAAUUCCUAAUGCCAACAAUACCAACUGGGAUCUUUCUGCAGUUUUGGUCAAGGCAGAUGCACAAAUUCUGGCUUUGGUUCACAUGGCCGGACAAUCUAAUAAACCCCAAAACACCCAACCUUAUAUUCUUGACUCAGAAACUGGCCUAGCUAGGGAACCUUCAAGGUUUCUCGGAACCACCCGACAACCCGUCCAAGAAUCAAAGGGCCUUGAUCUCUUGCACCAGCACUCGGUCGGCCGCAGACAUUCCUCUCGAGUCCCAUUUGGAGCCCCCAUUGUCGAAGACCCAACACCAGAUCCCUUCACUCGUGCCAACCGUGAAGCUGCUCGACCCCGACCCUCUUCAGUUCCUCCUGCUGAACGUCCCACUGAAAACCAAUCUUUGGUCGUUGAAGGAACUCUAGAGGACCGUGAACGGCAAGCACUACAGCACUUGAUUCUGGCAUCCUUGCGCUUACGCGGAGUUGCCAGGGACGCAGAAUUUAAGGAAGUUUAUGGCCACACCAUCCGUGCAGCCCAAUUUGCGGUUGCUCAAAAACGAAGACGAAAUCGAAAAAAUUCUUCUGGUAAGCCUGUCGGUAUCAUGGAAAUGCAGGAUAUUGUCGAUAAGCUGCUCAAUGUGUUUUUGCCAGAAUAA